AUGCAACCAAUAUGCUAUUCCACGCAUGGAUGGAUCUGGGAUAGCUCAACCGCCCCCCUCAAACCCCCCUCAAUCCAAAUCACUCGAUUCCGAUUCUCCGAUUGCAGCUGUGUGAUGUCCAAACCAAAGAGCGAGGCGACCGCCGUGGUGUACGCACGGUGCUUUGUGGAGGCGAUCAACAAGCUGCCGCCAUACCAGAUUUCAGAUUUGCCACUGGAUGUGAACCAGGUGGACGUGAACCCCACGACCUCCGCCAGCAUAGCGAGCCUUCUUCUGGAACAGCGCCACCAAGACAGAGUUCAACCUGAGCUCGAUUGA